AUGAUGCAUACUCCAAAACCACAGCGACCGGUUCCUGGUCAGCCUCCCACACCACCACACAGCCAGAACAACAGUAUGCAUGCACAAGAUUCCACUGGCUCUUCAUCAAUGCGCUCACCAAUGACCUCGCCUCCACCUCAGGACAUGGUCCCUUUUCGAGGCAUCUACCAAUCACCUGCUCCAAUGUUGGACACUCCUGCAUACCCUAUGUCAAAUUCAUCGCAGAAUACAAUUGAUUGGCAAGACCCUACGGUUCAACGCUUAUUGCAUAUGUUGCAGCAAAACCCUGGACCACAACAGCAACGGCCACAGCCAGAACCACAGUCACCCCCACAACGGCAACGACCAUUGCCGCCUGUGCAGAUGCCUCGAACUCAUCAUUACCAACAACAACGACCCAUGCCACAAGACUCAGGUUAUGGCUCUACAUAUGGUGACCAUUAUCACUACGGCGCCCACUACGAUUACCGACCACAAGGUUAUACCCAGCCACGGGGAAACAAGUAUGGCAUGAUCGAGGCUCAUGGUCAAUCCCGAGUGCUCAUGGGUAAUGUUACCAGUCCUGAAGUAAAUCCAUACAUGGUACGAGAGCAGGUUUACGCUGGCGCCAAAACCUUUGAGAAAGCCAAACUUGUUGCUACCGAUAUGGAUCACGAGGGAAUGAGGAUUUUCUUUGAAGAGAAGAAAGCUGAAGCACGAUGA